CUUACAAUCGCGUCAGACGGCGAAGCAGGCUCCACACACAGCAUCAAAACAAACCACACACAACCGCGUUAUGUUACUGUAUGUCCCGUCUCACAACUUCAAAGGGAUUAAAUCUUAAACAAAAAAGGAAAGAAAGAAAACCUUGCUGCUGUCGUUGAGAGUUAACACUGGGAUAUUUGUGUCCAGUCAUGUAGGCUAAGUUUGGUUUCUUUCAGAAGGUUGAAGAGACUGAAAUGUGCGCGUGUGGUGGUGUGGUUUCGCCAGGCUUUUUUUAUGAAGUUAACUUAACAUUUUAACAUUUUUGGCAACAAAGCACAAUGCAGAAUCUGACAGAGUGCAGACUAAAGAGCUUCAUUUCGCGCUUUGAGCUCUUGCCAUCGCAACAAACAGGCAGCGCGAGAAAACAGAGAGGACCAGAGGACGACACGGAAAAGAUGGACGAGAUUGCUCAGCAUAUGGACAUCACUCACAAGCGAGCCUGCAUUGACCUCGAGAAGGCCACUCAACUCAUCACACAAGUUUUGCAGCAUGAAGUAGAGAGGAAUCGGGAGCUCUACAUGUUGAUUCGUCGUUUGGAGGACAGGGAGGUGGAAACUAGGCAGAGAUUGUCAGACCAGGCGGAGUCAAAUAGCCUUCUGAAGGUGAAGAUUGACGAACUACAGAAACACCUGGAGGAAAAAGACAACUCCCUUACACAAGCCAACCAGACUGUGGCCUUCUUGAGGAAUGAACUGAGAGAUCUUCAACAACGGCUUCAAAGACAACAGAGUAAAGAUAGGACACACCAAGAAGAAGAUGACGACUGGCUGCAGGAUGGGGGAAGCCAGUUCAAGGUUGAUAAUCCCCUGGUCUCGUCUGAGGGCCCGAGUCUGCUGAAGGCUCCAGUGUCUGGGAUUAAGGAUGAUGAAGGGGCUGAGGAUGAUGGCUAUAGAGAGUACAGUCAGUCAGCAGAGACCUCCGACCCCAGAAUGGAACACAUCAUGUCUUCAGUGGCGGACAUUAAAACUGAACUGAUACAGGUAGAAGUGGACAAAUCAAGCACGACUCCCAUUCUUAGCUCUGAAAUGGGCCUGUAUGCUCCGUCUCCGUCAGACCCUCUGUAUCUGGCCCAGUUAGGUGGGGUGUCCGUAGAGCUGGUGGACCGCUGUAGGACCGGGGGACAGCGGGGGACGGACACGGAGAACAACAGCAAUGAUGGAGGACCGUUUGAGACCCUGAAACGAACAGGCCCAUCCACCUCAUCCACCACGGCAUCCAGCUGGACCCUGCAGACUGUUGCCUUGUCCACCUCCUCCUCAGAGCCGGAAGAGUCCGGAAAUUUCUCCUAUUCUCCACAUGAUGACGGCCUCGUGGGAGACCUCACGAGAGACUCGGACGCUCCGACAGGGGAGAGACCGUACCACUGCCCCCAGUGUGGCAAGAGUUUCAGCCGAGAGAACAUCCUGAAACAGCACCUGUGGCGUCACUCGGGGCCGAGGCGACACCACUGUCUCCAGUGCGGCAAGAGCUUCACCCACGUGGGAAACCUCAAGGUGCACCAGCGCACUCACACGGGAGAGAGACUGUACCCAUGCGCGCAGUGCGGCAAGAGCUUCACCCACGAGGGCAAGCUCAGAACGCACCAGCGCAUUCACACGGGGGAGAGGCCUUACCAGUGCGCGCAGUGCGGCAAGAGUUUCACCCAGAAGGGGAACCUCAAGACUCACCAGCGCACGCACACCGGCGAGAGACCCUACCGGUGCCAACAGUGCGGCCAGGGUUUCCACCGCGAGUACAACCUCAAGCUGCACCAGCACGUUCACGCAGCCGAGAGGCCGUGGCAGUGUGCCCAACGCGGCAAGCGUUUUGCCGAUGUGGGAUACUUGAGAAGACACCAGCGCAUUCCCGCGGGGGAGAAACCAUACCGCUGUGGUCAGUGCGACGAGAGUUUCACUUUACAGCACCAGCUUAAACAACACCAGUGCACUCACAUAGGAUAAGCCCAGUUGUGUCUCAGUCAUUAAAUCUGUUGUUAGAACCAAUACCUGUCCAACUAUCUGUCAUUAUCUAUAUGUUGCUUCAAAGUUUUUUGUUUUUUUGUGUAAAAUACUGUAUAAUAAUACUGUAUAAUAUCUCGUUACAAACAGGUAGCAAUAAACAAAUUGCUAACAAAUCAAACAACAUCUUGUUGUCUAGCAGAUACCAGUGAGAAUUGAGUGUGCAUAAUGCAAUUCAGUGAGACAGUUAGAAUCAUAUAUGCCUUUCAGCGUGACUUAUUUUUGUGGAAAACAUGUGCUGGACUGGGCGGCGGUCAUAUUUUGUACCGCUCUGCGGUACAUCUAGUUAUGAUUAUUAUAUACAUGUUUACAAGAAUGACAGGAGUUUGAUGUAUUUAUUCAACCAGCACAGUAGAGAUCCUGUUCUCCGUCAGUGUAUCAGUUUGUCUAGCUUAUCAGACUCUGGCAAGAGAGGAGAGUUUGAUAAGGGAGUCUGUGGUAGAGAUAUGCUUUGUAGAGACGAGAGUUUGAUAAGGGAGUCUGUGGUAGAGACAUGCUUUCUCUAUGUGGAAGUGAUCAGGCUGGUGUGAAGGGUAUUAAAGGGCAAACGCUCAGGGGUCUCUCUUGCACGCUCUCUCUCUCUCUCUCUCUCUCUCUCUCUCUCUCUCUCUCUCUCUCUCUCUCAGGUUUUUAUUCCUGUAUUGUCUUCCUCUACGCGUCUAUCUCUGUUCUGUCUCUCUCUCCUGUGUCUGCCCUCUGGCCCUCAGUUUAUCAGUCUGUCUGGCAAUCUUUCUCUCACUUAUUACACUCUCUUUCUUUCUCUCACCUAUUACACUCUUUCUUUCUAUGUCCCCCUCUCUCAAGGGGUAAAACAGUGUGUACUGAUGUGUACUGAUGUCAUAAGGGCGCAACAGUAAUGUGUUAUAUACCUGUAGUAAAAUAAACAAAGCGAUUAAACACACCCACAAA